GCGGGGGGCGCUUCACUAACACUCGGGUCCCUGCAUCCUCCCUGGCUGAGUCUGGCCGGGUCCGAGGUUGCACCGCCACCACCUGGAGCCACCGUGGUCCCCACCUGCACAGUGUGGAGGCGACACCUUUGUCCCCAGACCCGGUAAGAACAGGGGAGCAACAGAGUCUCUUUCCUGUUUCUCUGCAGGGGAAGGUCCUGGGGAUUUGCGGGAACAUUGGGAGCGGGAAGAGCUCCCUCAUCGCAGCUCUGCUGGGCCAGAUGCAGCUGCAGCAGGGGGUGGUGGCGGUCAGCGGGACCCUGGCCUACGUGUCCCAGCAGGCGUGGAUCUUCCACGGGAGCGUGAGGGAGAACAUCCUGUUCGGAGCCAAGUACGACCACCAGAGGUACCAGCACACGGUGCGAGUCUGCGCCCUCCAGGAGGACCUGAGCAGCCUGCCUUACGGGGACCUGACUGAGAUCGGGGAGCGGGGCCUCAACCUCUCGGGGGGGCAGAGACAGAGGAUCAACCUGGCCCGCGCCGUCUACUCGGACCGCGAAGUCUACCUGCUGGACGACCCGCUGUCGGCCGUGGACGCCCGCGUGGGGAAGCACGUGUUCGAGGAGUGCAUCCGGAAGACGCUCCGCGGCAAGACGGUCGUCCUGGUGACGCACCAGCUGCAGUUCCUGGAGUCCUGUGACGAGGUCAUUUUGUUGGAAGAUGGAGAGAUCUGUGAGAAGGGAACCCACCAGGAGCUAAUGGAGGAGAGAGGGCGCUAUGCAAAGCUGGUGCACAACCUCCGGGGGCUGCAGUUCAAGGACCCUGAGCACAUCUACAAUGCGGCGAUGGUGGAGGCCCUGCAGGAGGGCCCCUCGGACAGAGACGAAGUUCUGGCUCCCAAUGAAAAAGAGGAAGAAAAAGAAUCCGACACGUACUCAGAAUUCAUAGACGUCAAAGCCCCUCUGAACCAGCUCGUCCAGACCCAGCCCCCCCGGGAAGGAGCCGUGACCUGGAGGACGUAUCACACGUACAUUAAGGCGGCUGGAGGCUACCUCCUCUCCCUCUUCACCGUGACGCUCUUCCUCCUCAUGAUCGGCAGCACCGCCUUCAGCAACUGGUGGCUGGGCUUCUGGCUGGACAAGGCCUCGGAGAUGACCUGUGGGCCGCAGACCAGCCAGGGCCCGUGUGAGAUCGGCACGGUGCUGGCCGACACCGGGCACGGCGUGUACCAGUGGGUGUACGCAAGCAGCAUGGCGUCCGUGCUGGCGUUCGGCAUCACCAAAGGUUUCACCUUCACCAAGACCACCCUGAUGGCGUCCUCCGCGCUACACGACCGCAUGUUUGACAAGAUCUCGCAGAGCCCGAUGAGCUUCUUCGACAUGACGCCCAGCGGCCGGCUCAUGAACCAGUUCUCCAAGGACAUGGACGAGCUGGACGUGAGGCUGCCCUUCCACACGGAGAGCUUCCUGCAGCAGAUCUCCCUCGUGGCCUUCAUCCUCGUGGUCCUGGCCGCCGUGUUCCCCGCCGUCCUCCUGGUGCUGGCCGGCCUCGCCGUGGGCUUCCUGGUGCUUCUAUGCGUCUUCUACCGAGGAAUCCAGGAGAUCAAGAAGGUGGAGAAUGUGAGCCGCUCCCCCUGGUUCUCACACAUCACCUCGUCCAUGCAAGGCCUGGGCAUCAUCCACGCCUACGACAGGCGGGAGGACUGCGUCACCAAGUUUAAGAUGCUCAACGACGAGAACUCCGGCCACCUCCUGUACUUCAACUGCGCCCUGCGCUGGUUCGCCCUGAGGAUGGACGUCCUCAUGAACAUCGUCACCUUCAUCGUGGCCCUGAUGGUGACCCUGAGUUUCUUCUCCGUCAGCGCCGCGUCCAAAGGCUUGUCGCUGUCCUACAUCAUCCAGCUCAGCGGGCUGCUGCAGGUGUGCGUGCGCACGGGGACCGAGACCCAGGCCAAGUUCACCUCCGUGGAGCUACUCCGGGCGUACAUCUCGACCUGUGCUCCUGAAAGCGCCCAGCCCCUCCCAGCGGGGCCCUGUCCCCGGGACUGGCCCAGCCGCGGGGAGAUCACGUUCAGAGACUAUCGGAUGCGGUACAGGGACGGCACGCCCCUCGUCCUCGACGGGCUCAACCUGCACAUCCGGAGCGGGCAGACGGUGGGCAUCGUGGGAAGAACAGGCUCUGGGAAGUCGUCGCUGGGAAUGGCCCUGUUCCGCCUGGUGGAGCCGGCGGGCGGCACCAUCCUCAUCGACGGGGUGGACAUCUGCUCGGUGGGGCUGGAGGACCUCAGGACCAGGCUGACCGCCAUCCCCCAGGACCCCGUGCUGUUUGUAGGUACAGUAAGGUUCAACCUGGACCCCUUUGAGAGGCACACGGACGAGAUACUCUGGCAGGUGCUGGAGCGAACGUUCAUGCGAGACACGAUAAUGCGGCUCCCGGACGGGCUGCAGGCCGAAGUCAUGGAGAACGGAGAGAACUUCUCCGUCGGGGAGCGGCAGCUGCUCUGCAUGGCCCGGGCGCUGCUCCGCCACUCCAAAAUCAUUCUCCUAGAUGAGGCCACUGCCUCCAUGGACUCCAAGACUGACAGCCUUGUGCAGAACACCAUCAAAGACGCCUUCAAAGACUGCACAGUGCUGACCAUUGCCCACCGCCUCAACACGGUCCUCAACUGCGACCUCGUCCUGGUCAUGGAAAACGGGAAGGUGGUCGAGUUCGACAAGCCCGAAGUCCUUGCUGAGAAGCCAGAUUCUGCGUUCGCAAUGCUCCUCGCAGCGGAGAACAAAGUCCGAGCAUAAAGGGCCCAGUGAGCUGAGAGGAGGAGGAGGACUUGGAUGGGCCCGAGGGAGGAGGGCCCUCAUCCCCGCAGGCAGCCCUGGCCACGGCCCACCCGCCCUGACCCAGGCCGAGCUGAGCAGAGGUCCACGCCUCCUGACCUCACUGGGCAGCCUGGGCUGGUUGGGUGGUGAACAGAGGUAGACGAAGCUAGAGGGUUAACAACUGCCCCUCACACCCUGAAACCCCAAGGGCCCCUCACUGUCCUCAUCAACACCACCUCCGUGCCUGAAAAAUAGCCACUGUCAGUUAAAAACUGGUCAAAGUAAACAGAACGGCACAUUCCUGGGAGGGAGUGUGCAAAGGUUCCCGCCUUGCUGUCAGGAGGGGAAAGAGCCCGGUUUCCUCCCGUCUGACUUCCAUCCACACGUACCUGUGUGAGGUGCGCAGUAACCACGCGGGUCUGCAGCACGAAAGACGGAUUACAGUGUUUAGCAAAAAACCUUUAAAAAAUCAUACUGCAUGUGCCAUUGGAUCCAUGACAAUAACCAGGAGAACAAGAUGCUGGCGUUCCUCUAUAAAUGACAUUUUUAUAUCUUCUCUGUCGGUCAUUAAAAUGCGGUAGGAAAUGAACCCAC